ACAUCAACAUCGAAGUAGCCAACAAAACUGCCAGUAGCACGGUCACUGUUUGUAAAAAUGCAAACCAUCUCACACGGUCAUUUCUGUUCGUAGAGUGUGCGUAGCCAUAAUCGUUCUGUGAGGGGCUUUAGUCGGCCUGUGUCCACUCGCCCAAAGCUCGGCCGUUUUGUGCGGUAAGGCGGAUAACAAGCGUGUGUGUUUUUUUUCUCCCGUUCCGUUUUUGCAAUCACCGCGUGCCAUCAUACACAUCAGAGGCGACCCCAGGUGUUCAGCGAAAAAGCGAGUGAAAAUGUCGGGGUUGGUGGAUGUUGAGGAGCUGGAGAAAGAUUGGUCCGAACUGUCGGAUGAAUUUCGGAGCCUGGAGGCAGCCAAUCAAUCAUACCAGGAGCUGCACGAACGGCUGGAAGAAAUGCAGGAAAAAUGCACAAAACAAAUUCAGCACCAGCGUUACCGGAUGCGGCAAAUAUCAAAACAUCUUAAAACGUACUUGACCAAGGAGAGACUAACGCAUACGAAUAAGGAAAAGUUGACGCAGCUUGAUAAAAGUAUGAUGAAGCGAAAAGCACAGAUACACGAGAUUGAACAAGGUUUGCCGCAACAGAAUAGCCGAUACUUAAAGAUUAUACUAGGUGACGUGAAUGUAUCGAUACUGAACCGGAACGAUAAAAUUCGGUACAAGGAUGAGUACGAGAAGUUCAAGCUCAUCCUGAACGUUAUCGGAUUGUUACUAUCGUUUUUAAAUAUCCUGUACAAUUAUCGUGCAUUGGAACUUGUGUUCCUAUUUCUGUUGGUCUGGUACUACUGUACUCUCACCAUACGAGAAUCGAUCUUGAAGGUCAACGGUUCACGUAUUAAAGGCUGGUGGCGUUUGCAUCAUUUCAUUUCUACUGUCUGUGCCGGUGUGCUGCUUGUGUGGCCCCAAGGCGAACCGUGGCAACUCUUCCGGAACCAGUUUAUGUACUUUAACGUGUACAUCAGCCUGGUCCAAUAUAUGCAAUUCCGCUACCAGAAGGGCGUGCUGUAUCGUCUGAAAGCGCUCGGCGAACGGCACAACAUGGACAUCACCAUUGAGGGCUUCCAUUCGUGGAUGUGGCGCGGGCUGAAAUUUCUCUUUCCAUUCCUGUUUGUAGGCUAUCUGUUUCAGUUCUACAAUGCGUUCACGCUGUACCAGCUAACAGAGCAUCCGGACGCGACCUGGCAGAUACCUGUUUUGAGCAUUUUGUUCCUCAUCCUGUUCGUCGGUAACAGUCUAACUACGCUGCUGGUUAUACUGCAAAAGCAAACCGAACACACCGAGAAUCGCUACCGAUUGAUGAGUCUGAUCGCAUCGAAAAGACAAAAAACCGUACGGCAACCAUCGACCAACGAUGCGGAAGAACCAGCGAAAGAAGACCUAAAUGUAGAUUCACAAAAAUCGAAGUAAAGCCCGCAUGUUUUGUUUGUUGAACCUAUAUGUCACCAAUGAAAGAGAACAACUAUGUUGGACAUUUCCUUUAUGUUUAUUUAUCAAAGAGAAUAUGAAUAAAUCGCGACAGCGCAUGUAAAACCGGUAAUAA